CAAGAAAUACUGUUCCUCCGGCCGCUGCUUUCAUCACAUUGUUUCAACAAAAAUGAAUUCAAGCUAAGAUGAUGAAGCUGCAAUGGCUGGUUAAGCCACUUUGUCUUACCCUAACCAAAGGUUCUACCAUCGUCACCUCCCGCCUAUAUUCCUCUUCUCCGACAUCGACCACCAUCAAAAACGUCACUCGGUCGAACUUCGAACCAGUACUUAGCGACCUACGUUCCCUCAUCAAUGAUGCAGUCUUCGUCUCCAUCGACCUCGAAAUGACCGGUGUCACCAGUGCCCCAUGGAGAGAAUCCUUUGAGUUCGACCGCAGCGACAUCCGUUAUCUCAAAGUCAAGGACUCCGCCGAGAAGUUCGCCGUCGUACAAUUUGGUGUUUGUCCCUUCCGAUGGGACUCUUCCAAGGGUUCAUUCAUUGCUCACCCGCACAAUUUUUAUAUAUUCCCCCGUCAAGAAUCCAGUGAGUUUUUAUGCCAGACGACAUCGAUUGACUUCUUGGCGAAAUAUCAAUUUGAUUUCAAUAUCUGCAUCCAAGAAGGAAUAUCUUAUUUAUCCAGAGCUCAAGAGGAAGAAGCCUUGAGGCAUUUGCAUUCACUACAGGAUGAUGAUGAUGAUGAAUUUGCUGAGCCAAGAACUGGUGAUAAAGAUAAACCACUUACUAGAAUUGCUGAUAUUCUCUUCAGCGAGAGAAUAAAGGGCAGAGUUCAGGAGUGGCUGAAUAGAUUAUUGCAGAAUGGAAGUUACCACUCUAGCUCUAAAGAGAUAUUAAACGAAUCGGAUAAACAAUUUCAAACUGUUUUCUUCAAGAUGCGUCCUGCACUUCAGUUGAAUGAGUUCACUAGGCACCAGCUAAGAUUGAUUCAGUCGGUAACAGAGAAACAUUUCAAGGAACUUGUUUACAUUCGUAUGAAGAGUGGAAGAAUCUCUGCACAACAUUAUUUAAUUUAUACUGAAACCGACAGUGAUAGGAACCUGUUGAAGAAAGAAGUCAAGGAAGACAGUCACAAGGUUGCAGAAUUGAAUAUCGAAGGUGAUAUUGGAUUUCGACACAUUAUCGACAUACUUUGCUCAGAGAAGAAGUUAAUCGUUGGUCACAACUGCUUUCUUGAUAUUGCUCAUAUCCAUAGCAAAUUUUUGGGUCCUCUUCCUUCAACGGUUGAGGAAUAUGUCUCCUCCAUCCACAAAUGUUUUCCUUACAUCAUUGACACCAAAAUACUCUUGAAUGCAAAUGACGCAAUUCGACAAAAAAUGAAGAAUAAUAGCACUUCCCUGUCGAAAGCAUUUGCCUUGUUGUGCACAGAAAUUUCUCCCAAUAUUGAAGAAGUAGGUUUGGUUUUCAACCCAGAUGUUAAAGUGGAGGUCCAAGUGGAUGACAUGAGGUCAUCAAACUGGAAUUGUGGUGCCAAACAUGAAGCUGGAUAUGAUGCUUUCAUGACGGGUAGUGUCUUUGCUCAAGCAUGCAGUUAUCUGGGCUUCGAUUUCGAACUCAAUUCACCAUCUGGGAAUUUGAAACUCAAUGAGAAAUUAAAGAACUACAUCAAUCUUCUUUACCUGAGCUGGAUAAAUGGUGAAAUCAUCAAUCUGACUACAUGUCAGCAAAUAGCAGAGUCCUCACUUAAUCCCAACCAGAAACUCCCUUGUCCUGAGAUAGUUUUCGAAAAUAUAAUUAUAAUUUGGGGAUUGUCUAGUAAGGUUAAGGCGAGAGAUAUACAAGAGUGGAUAUCCAAAACAUUUGGUCCAUUAUCCGUGACAUCUGUCUAUCAAUUGGAUGAAACUGCGGUUUUUGUUCAGUUUAGUAAGGAGGAAUUUGUUUCGGGUUUUCUUGAAUUGAAGAAGACCUUGGCUUGGGAUAAGGGUCCAAUCUCGGUUUUGCAUCCUUUGUCGAGACUCUUUGAAAGUGGUGGGAUGGUUCGAACUGGUAACUAUGAGAUGUACAAAGAGAUGUGCGGAUCGAUAAUAUCCAAAGUUAAGUUUGCGGAUCAGGCUGAUUUUGUUGCCAUCAAGUAGAGGAUCGAGUUUAUGGCAAUGCAGUUAGAAAUUAAAGAAAAUUGGAAAAUGAUUACAUGAUAAUCUCAUUUUCUUAAUGUUGUAUUUUGAGAGCAAAUGUUAGGAGGCCUGACUGUACACAAAUUAGUAACUGCAAUUUAUUAUAUGAAAUUAUAUAAGAUUACAUCAAUCCUC